AUGAUUCAGUUUUUAAUUGACAAAUUGAACAAUGAUGAAUUACCAAAAGAACUUUUGUCAAAGUCAAGUAUUUCAUUUUUGGAUUUGGGUACUGGUAAUGGACAUUUAUUAUUUCAAUUACUGGAAGACAUUGAUUAUGAGUAUGAAACUGGUGAAAAAACUUUUGAGUACACUGGUAUAGAUUAUUCUCCUGACUCUGUUGAAUUUUCCAAGGGAGUAGCAUCUAAGAGAUAUCCGGAUCUCGAAAUCAAUUUUCAACAAGUAGAUCUAUUGCAAAAGGAAUGUCCGUUUUUAAGCAACAAAUAUGAUAUAUUAUUAGACAAAGGAACUCUAGAUGCCAUUGCAUUAAAUCAAGAUCCAAUUGAAGAAUUUGACGGGAAAAUAGGCAUGGAUGUAUAUGCUAGCCAAAUAGAGCAAAUGAUGAGUCAAGGUUCUAUUUUAUUGAUAACAUCUUGUAAUUUCACUAAUGCUGAACUUCAAAAAAUCAUCACCUCAAAUACUGCGUUAAAAGUAUGGGAUCAAAUCAACUAUCCAAGUUUUGAAUUUGGUGGUGUCCAGGGAUCUACAGUUGUUAGUAUUGCAUUUAUUAAAAACUAG